UCGUAUUUAUUGAGCGCUUACUGUCCACGCUACUUCCGCGGCAUGUUCAGGGGCGGCCUGUUGGAGAGCUGGCAUCCGCGGGUCACCCUGCGCAGUGUGGACACCGAGUCACUGGCCCUGCUGCUCGACUACUGCUACACGGGCCGCGUGGCCGUCAGCGAGGCCAACGUGCAGCGCCUCUACGCCGCCGCCGACAUGCUGCAGCUGGAGUAGGUGCGCGAGGCCUGCGCCGCCUUCCUGGCCCGCCGCCUUGAUUGAUUGAUUGACAACUGCACCACCAUCUUGCGCUUUGCCAACGCCUUCAACCACCCACGCCUCAGGGCCCGGGCCCUGGCCUUCAUGGCCUGCCACUUCACAAAGCUCAGCGGGGCCGAAGGGGCCGACGAGACCCAAAGGGCUGGUGAGGCCAUCGCCAUCGCCGUCGCCACCGAGGAGGCCCCGCCGCUGAGCGAGCUCAGCCUGGACGUGUCCGGGGCGCAGGAGGUGCUGCGCCUGGACAGCCUGGACGUGUCCGGAGAGUGCACCGUGUGCGCCGUGACCGUACAGCGGGUGGAGGCCGACCCCCACGAGCGGGGCCCCCGCGCCGCCGAGGUCCUCUGGUGCGUCCGCUGGAGCCACUUCGCCGACCAAGGCCGGGCCUACCUGGAGGGGCUGCGGGCCAAGCCCUUCUCUGGGAAGGCCUGCCUGGGCCUGGUGGAGGGGGCCCUGAGCGCUGGACCCGGACCCGCCCGCAUCGGCAUGCUGGCCAAGGAGAUGGUCGUCUUCUUCGGCCACCCCAAGGACCCCUUCCUCUGCUACGACCCCUACUCAGGGGACAUCUACACCAUGCCCUCCCCACUGAACGGCCUGGCCCGGAACAAGGCUAUCACCUCACUGGCCAUCUGUGUCUCCCUGGAUGACGACAUCUACCUGGCCGCCCUGCCCAAGAAGCAGCUGUGGGUCUACGACACGGUCCGGGAUGGCUGGCGGCAGCUGGCGGACCGCCUGCUCUGCCGCGGGGGCAUGGACCUGGCCUACCUCGACGGCCACGUCUCCGUCCUCGGGGGCCGGAGCCCCGUGACCGGGGUCAAGCUGAAGGAGGUGGAGUGCUACAGCGUCCGGAGGGUCCUGGUGGCCCCCGUGCCCUACUCCUUCUACUCCUUCGAGCUCGUCGUGGUCCGCGGCCGCCUCUACGCCGUCAGCAACAAGCGGAUGCUCUGCUACGACCCCAGCCGCAACCGGUGGCUCAACUGCACCUCGCUGAAGCGCGGCGACUUCCAGGAGGCCUGCGUCUUCGACGGGGAGAUCUACUGCAUCUGUGACGUCCCGGUCGUGAAGGUCUACAACCCGGCCCGAGGGGAGUGGAGGCGCGUCGGCGACGUCCCGUUGGACGCCGAGACCCACAACCAUCAGAUCGUCUGCCACGGCCGGAAGCUGCUGUUCGUCAUGUCCACCACGCCGCAGUGGAAGAAGAACCGGGUGACGGUGCACGAGUACGACGCCGCGGCCGACCGCUGGCUGAACGUCGGGACCAUGCUGGGCCUGCUGCAGUACGACUCCAGCUUCAUCUGCCUCUCGGCCCGGGUCUACCCUUCCCGCCUCGAGCCGGGCCGCCGCUUCAUCGCCGAGGAGGACGACGCGCGCCACGAACUCGGGGCCUACUGGGGCGUGAACGGGUUCAGCGAGCUGGAUUCUGAGUCGGGCAGCUCCAGCUCCUUUUAA